AUGUCUCGCCGGGCACCCCCGCGCGAGUACUAUGAGGAAGAGGUAUAUGAGCGGGAGCGCUCCCGCUCGCGUGAGCGCGAUCCUCGCUCAUACCGGCCGGAGCGUGAUUUCGAAGAUGACAUUGAGUUCCGCCGCCGGCGCUCCAUGCCCCCGGUCGAAGACCUCGAGCGCUUGCGGGUCCGGGACCGGCCUCCGCGCGACUUCAUGCGUGAAGCGUUCACAGCCCCACGGGACCGCGGCUCGCUGGCGGUGCGACGGUCGAUGGAGGAGGUUGACGAGCGGGAGGCGGAAGAGAUGCGGCUGCGGAUGCGGCGGCGGGGCGGGCCCUGGACGCGCGAGAUCGAGGAGGAAGAGGAGCUCGUCGUGGACCGGGACCGACGGCGGCAUCGGCCGCGGCCGCGCGAGCUGGAGCAGGAGGACGUGGUGAUUCGGCACCGGGAGCGGGCGAGUGAGGGCGACCUGCGGACGCCGAUGGAGAAGGUCUAUGAGGAUGAGAAGGAGAAGAUUCUCUUCCGGCCAUCGAGGCGGCCCCGGCGGCCGCGGCAUGAGGAGGAAUUCGAGGAGCGCAUUAUGAUCGAUAGAGAACGAGACAGACAGCGCGAACCACGGCGUCGCAAUGAGCGCGGCUUCGAGGAGGAGCUCGUCAUGAAGUGGAAGGAUCGGCCCUCGUCACGGGAGCAGGAGGACAACGAUGAGAUCCGGAUGCGCGAGACGGUGCGGCUGCGCCAGUCCCCGCCGGCGCCUCGAUAUGUCCGCGAACUGCCCCCCGGAUCAUGGCGCGGGGGUCGCGAGCCUGGCGAAGAAGAUGACGAGGAAAUCCAAAUUCGGAGCCAAAGGCGCUCGCGGCCUCGUCGUCGAGAGGACGGGGACGAGGUCGAAGAGAAAGAGCUUACUAUCAGACGAGACUCGCGUGAGCGCGGCCGUCGGGGGGAUAGUGUUGAGAGAGAGGAGCUGACGGUUCGCACGCAAAAGCGUACUCCGCCGCCUCUGGAGCCCAUUCGCGCGCCUCCCAUCCAUCAAGAUGUGAUUACACAUCAUCGGCAUAUUGACCACGGGUUUGAUCACCCCCGGUUACCACGAGCACCGAGUAUCGAGGUGUCGACUAGGAGAACCAGUGUUGACGAGGUGGACAUUCGCCGACGCUGUAUGAAGGGCAGCCGCGCAGCCGAAGAAGAUCUGAUCAUCAAACGCCGGAUUGAAGAAGACGAUCUGCCCUCAGUCAGUGGGCCCUCAAUUGACUUUCGCGAUCCCUGGGAGCGUAGAAGCGUGUCUUCACGAUACAGAGAAAGAUCGCUGGAUGAAAGCGACUCGCUUGCAACUGCAAGCACCCGCACCCGUUCGCGGCGAGAUAUCUCGCGCAGCCUGACCAUUGACGACGACGGCGAGACAACUGAAGAAGAAAUCGAGACAGAGGAUGAAGAGAUUGAAAUCCGCACGAGGCGAACUAAGCCUCGCUCCGUCAUUGAUGAGAUAUCGAACGACGCCACAGAUCAAUGGUCCGUGGUUCAUGCUCCGGCCAAUGCAGAUGCCAUCGAAAUGUCUGGCGCGCUGGACAUCGUUGAAAUUGCUCCGAAAAACACAGUCGAGAUCGACGAAUUGGAGCUCCGAGGGCGGGUUGGGCAACAGAUUCUCAAGGAGCCCGAGGACGAACGCUGGACGGAGAUCACGAAGGACCUUGUUGUUAGGGAAGCAAUCGAGCGACUUGGCUACGAAUUUGAUGAAACACGAACAUUCUAUUAUAUCUUCUCCUACCUGGAACCUAGCCAAAUUGAUGAAAUCGUUGAGCUCUCAGAUGAGAUCCGCAAGGCACGACGACGACGUAUCAAGCAAAUGCAUCGUGAGCGCGCAACCUCUCUCAUCGAUAGGAUGCCUCCGCGGCGACGCCUGAGCAGAGGACGGUAUACCAGAGAGCGAGAAUGGAUCAUCUAG